AUGGGCCAUGUUUCCAUUCGAGCACAAGCAUCAUUCUCCGACCCAUUUGUGCUUCAAUUAGCUGAAUCUCUCGAAGACUCUCUCUCAGCUUCUCCUUCUUCAGCAUCAUCAUCUACUCUCUCCUCAUCCUUACCUCUCCAGAGAAUCCGAGAAUCUUCCGCCGAGACCCUUAUAUCUACUCCAUGGCCGUCGCGAAAAGACGAGCCUUUCCGAUUCACCGAUACAUCCUUCAUCCGCUAUUCCCAAAUCGAACCGGUCUCGACCCAGAAACGGAAUUCUGAAAUUCUAGACAAUCUGACGGAAACCCAGUUCCCAAACGCCGUGAUAAUCGACGGAUUCGUGUCGAAUUUGACGAUUGGCCCAUCAGAUUUGCCCGACGGGGUUUACUUCGGGAGCUACUCGGGUCUACCGGAUGAGCUCACAAACCGGGUAUCCGAAUUCAUCGGAAAUUUCGAUUCCGGUGAUCUGUUUUGGUCGAUUAACGGCGUGGGAGCACCGGAUUUGACUGUGAUUUAUGUUCCCGCUGGAUGUAAGGUGGACAAUUCGAUUCAUCUGAGGUACUUCUCCGGAGAAACCGGUGACCGGGAAUCGAAAAGGUUACCGGUAUCGAAUCCUAGGGUUUUUGUGCUAGUGGAGGAAGGAGGAGAGAUUGGUAUAGUUGAGGAGUUUGUUGGUAUAGACGAAGAAGGGUUUUAUUGGACGAAUCCGGUUUUGGAAGUUGUUGUCUUGAAGAAUGCAAAAGUUGAGCACUCAUACUUGCAGAAAGAAUCCAUGGCUGCUGCUCAUAUCAAGUGGACUUUCGUCCGACAGGAGGCAGAGAGUGAGUAUGAGCUUGUAGAAGUGAGUACGGGAGGGAGAUUGGGCCGGCACAAUGUCCACGUGCAGCAGCUCGGGCCCGAUACGCUCACCGAGUUAACGACGUUUCACAUGUGUGUUAACGACCAAACUCUCGAUCUCCAUAGCAGAAUUGUCUUAGACCAUCCACGAGGCUGUUCGAGGCAGAUCCACAAGUGUAUCGUUGCUCAUUCCUCUGGUCAAGCUGUUUUCGAUGGCAACGUCCGAGCUCGUGGGAUCGACUUGGAGACUGCAAGAAGAGCUCUCAUAUCUUCUUUUGGAUCGGAGGUUAUCGAGAAGUUUCCGAAUCGGGUAAUCCGCGACCAAGCUAGGAAUCACGUCAAGUGCUUGCUCUGA